AUGGGCAGAGGACUCGCUUCAGUACUUUUGGCGUCGCUGGCCUGCAGCCCCCUGAUGGUGGCUGCAGCCGAUGACAGCCUCAAAGUGGACAGCCGUGACAACAUCCUCAAGUCGGCCGGCACCGUUGCCAAGAGCCUGAUGGACGAAUACAACAAGGGCGAGAUUCCUGGUCUGCUGUCCGACGAGUACUACUUCUAUGAGAGCGGCACCUUUAUGAGUACUUUGGUCGAUUACUGGCACCUCACCGGCGAUUCCACCUACAACGAUGCGGUCAAGAAGGGCCUUUUGUAUCAAGUCGGAGCCCAGGACAACUUCAUGCCCACCAACCAGUCCAAGAACCUAGGCAAUGACGACCAGUGCUUCUGGGCCCUGGCUGCCAUGCAGGCUGCGGAGAACAACUUCACCAGCCCUGCCUCGGAUGAGCCUCAGUGGCUCACAUUGGCCAAGAACGUCUUCAAUGACCAAGCGCAGCGUCUCGAGGCCGCUUCCGACACGUGUGGUGGCGGUCUCCGAUGGCAAAUCUUCACCUUCAAUGCCGGUUGGGACUACAAGAACAGCAUCUCCAACGGCUGUUUCUUCGACCUUGGAGCUCGUCUUGCAAGACACACCGGCAACACCACUUAUUCCAAGACGGUUGUUGCGGCAUAUGACUGGCUCGAGAAGUCUGCCCUCGUCAAUGGAACAACCGGAGCGGUCUACGACGGAACGACCGUCUCCAAGGGCAACUGCUCCAACGUUGACAAGGUGGAAUGGUCCUAUGUUGCCGCCAUCCUCAACAAUGGCGCUGCCUACAUGUACAACCAGACUACCGGCGAUGACCAGAAGAAAUGGCAAGACCGCGUUCAAAAGUUCACCGACUCCAUCCUCAGCAAGUUCUUCCCCAGUGGCAUCGCCUCCGAGCCUGCCUGUGAGACUGGCGACCGUUGCACCGUCGACCAAGUCACCUUUAAGGGUAUCACCAUCCGCUGGCUCGCCGCCGUCAGCCAGCUCGCUCCCUUCACCGCUGACAAGAUCCUCCCUGUUCUGAAGUCGUCGGCCGAGGCCGCUGCCAAGUCGUGCACCAGCUCCAGCUGCAGCUUCUCCUGGAACGACACCAAUGCCAAGGGGCCUAAGUCAUCUGGUAUUGGCGAGCGGCUGAAUGCCUUGGCUGCCAUCUCGAACCUCCUCAUUGCAGAUGCAUCUGGGCCGAGCAAGGGAUCGGAGAAUGCAACUGAGUCUACUGGAUCUUCGCCAUCGCAGACUUCUGGAUCAUCGCAGGCCUCGUCGUCAACUGAUAAAGGAGCUGCUGGUAAGGGAAUGGGGCUGUCUGUCGCUCUGUUAACCACCGGUCUUCUUGCCUCAGCUUGGAUGGGUCUUGGCCUCUAA